GACCACGGAGUGCGCGUGUGUUCACGUUAACUUUAGGAGCGUAAAUUAAAGGGGAAAACACGGCUAGUGCAAGACAGCGCUCCUCGGAGUUUGGGUUAUAGUGGUGAUCUGUCAGUUGGAGCUUUCCGCUCCGGUGCGGCCAGUGCAGCUCUCAUGAACUUAGUGAGGACUUUCCCGCGAGCUUCACUGACAGCGCGUGCACUGACUGGCGCGAGCUGUUCCUCGAGCUUCACGCAGCUCGACCACUUGAAUAUUUUUGGCUGAGCAUGUCAACAGAGUGAAUGCGAACGGACCUUCUGGAGAGUUUGGAAAUCGUAGCAACGCACAACUCAUAAGAGUGUCUGGACUGUAGUCGAGGGGAGUGGAAGUUCAUCUGAUGGAGAAUACACAGGAGCUGAAUGAACAGAGCGUGAAGAAAUCUACCACUGAUUCCCAUGCUCCAGACCCAGUAGACAACAGGGCCUUGGAGAUGCAGGAUCUAACAGACCCCCAGCACUCUGUUAACAGUGGCAGUGACAGCACGUCCAAACUGGACAAAAACAUCCUCAGCAACAACAUCACAACCAAUGGAACCGGAGGAGAGAACAUGACAAUUCUAAACACGGCUGAUUGGCUGCUGGGCUGCAGUACCCCGCCCACUGCCCCAAUUAAGUCUGAGCCUCUGAACAGCAGUGAAUCUGUGAGCUCGGCGGGAGACACUGGGUUGGACACUUACACUGGGUCAGUUAUAAGCAGCAGUGGAUUCAGCCCUCGGCCGGCUCACCAGUAUUCACCUCCUCUCUACCCCUCAAAGCCUUACCCCCAUAUCCUGUCUACUCCCGUGGCUCCUCCCAUGUCGGCCUACACAGGCCAAUCACAGUUCACUAGCAUGCAGCCGUCGACAGUUUACACGCCCUACUCUCAAACUACUCCACCCUACGGCCUCUCCACCUAUGCUGCAGAUUUGGGGGUGAUGUUGCCAGGCAUAAAGACAGAAGGAGGGCUGGCACAAACCCAAUUAACCCUCCAAUCAGGGCUCAGCUAUAGCCCUGGAUUUACCACCCCUCAGCCUGGACAGACAGCCUACUCACCCUAUCAGAUGCCAGCAGGGUCAGGUUUCACAACCUCUCCUGGUCUCUACACAUCCAACAACUCCAAUCCAGGCAACUUCACCACACAACAGCAAGAAUAUCCCACCUAUACAACUUUUGGGCAGAAUCAGUAUGCUCAGUAUUACUCCACCUCCUCCUACGGCUCCUACAUGACAUCUAACAGCUCAUUGGAUGGCACAAGUUCAGUCUCCACCUAUCAGCUGCAAGACUCCACCCCCGUCAUGACAGGACAAUCGGCUGACCUGAAUCCAGGUGAAUUUGAGGCAGGGCAGAGCCCAUCCACGCCGAUCAAGGAGAUGGAGGACCGGGCAUGCCGAGGGGGUGGGGCUAAAACAAGAGGGCGGGGCAGAAAGAACAACCCCUCCCCACCACCUGACAGUGACCUUGAGAGAGUGUUUGUUUGGGAUCUGGAUGAGACCAUUAUUGUGUUUCACUCACUCCUCACAGGCUCCUAUGCACAGAAGUACGGCAAGGACGCCCCUUUGGCUGUGACUCUUGGUUUAAGAAUGGAGGAGAUGAUCUUCAAUCUUGCUGAUACACAUCUAUUUUUUAAUGAUUUAGAGGAGUGUGACCAGGUGCACAUUGAUGACGCCUCUUCAGAUGAUAACGGACAGGACCUUAGUACUUACAGUUUUGCCACUGAUGGCUUCCAUGCAGCUGCAACAAGCGCAAGUCUCUGCCUAGCAACAGGUGUUAGGGGCGGAGUCGACUGGAUGAGGAAGUUAGCUUUCCGAUACAGAAGAGUCAAAGAGUUGUACUGCACUUACAAAAACAAUGUGGGAGGGUUGCUGGGACCGGCUAAGAGGGAGGCGUGGCUCCAACUGAGGGCAGAAGUUGAGGCUCUCACAGACUCCUGGCUGACCAGUGCGCUCAAGUCCCUGUCAAUCAUCAGCUCAAGGAGUAACUGUGUUAAUGUCUUGGUGACAACGACACAGUUAAUACCUGCGCUGGCUAAGGUGCUGUUGUAUAGCCUGGGCUCAGUGUUUCCUAUUGAAAACAUUUACAGCGCAACCAAAAUAGGCAAAGAGAGUUGCUUUGAGCGCGUAAUGCAGAAGUUUGGCAGGAAGGUAGUGUAUGUUGUAAUUGGGGAUGGUGUAGAAGAGGAGCAGGCCGCUGCCAAGCACAACAUGCCCUUCUGGCGGAUAUCCAGCCACUCUGACCUGCUUGCCCUCCAUCAAGCACUGGAAUUCGAGUACCUGUAACACUCGACACCUGUAUCAUAGGCCUUUUUUUGUACAACUAUUUAAGAACAAGAGUACACUGCAAUCUCUUUUUAUGUUGUUGUUUGAUUAUUAAGAAAACUCUGGCUUUUAAGAUAUUUCUGCACUGUCUUAAGAAGACUAGGACAGACUAGGACAAGGGAAAAUGGGAUUGUAAUGGUCAAACCAGGCUUGUAAAGAGCUUACUAAGGUCUUACGUCACACACACUGCAUUUCAUGUCUGAAUGAUGUGAGUUCUUCGUCUUGAAACCGCAUAUAUCCUCUCAUCUACAGGAAUUACAUUAUCUCUGUCUAUACAGUAGAAUUCAUCUCCACUUAAACAACUCAAGCGCUGUACUCUAAUCAAGGAUAAUUUAGAAUAGACAUAACAUGUAAAUUAUUUUACAGUAACUAGAUUAAACACUAAAGGACGCUGUGUGUUUUCACAUGGUAUUGUGUUGAUUGUGUUUUUUGUAAGUUUUUGGCAACAAAAAAAAAGUCUGUAUAAUUUGUUGUGCCUUAUAAGAUGUUUUGUGUGUCAGUUUUUAUUUUGAGAAUGUAUGUAGAUAAAAAAUGUAAACAGUUGAGAUUUUCUUGAGUUCUCUAUUUUCUAAUGUUUAAAAAAAAAUAAUUUAAUCUGCUGUCAACACUGGUGCAUCUGUAGAAAUCCAAAGAUUUUCUUUUUCUUGUGAGGAAACAUUUGUACUUUGGUUGAAGUCAUUACAGUUGGAAAGAACAGCGAAAUAAAAGUCCAGCACCAGAAAAAAGAAAAAAAAGAAACUUUAAAGCUGUAGUUUCAUCCUGACUCACCAAUAGUUGCAAAGCCAUAAGCAGGCGUAGUGCUGAGUAUCUUAUUCAGGGAAUGCACCUCCUGUUUUUCUCAAAGUUGCAUUCAUUUUAAACUUCAACUUAAUGACAAACAUUUAUGGAAAAUGAGUAUAGAUAUUAUAGGUAAAGUGCAUGUCAUAAACACAAGACUCUGGGCAUGCUUUCACUUAAUGUACACAAGUCUUUUUUGUUUUUUUUGUGGACCAAAUUAAAAA